ACACACAUAAACCGAAACACGCCGGCGAAAAGAAAAUGAAGUGUCCGUACUGUUCGUCGUCGCAAGGACGGUGCGCAACGACGAGCUCCGGCAGAUCGAUAACGGAGUGCUCCUCAUGCGGCCGCGUGGUGGAAGAACGCCAGACGCAAAACCACCACCACCUCUUCCAUCUCCGCGCGCAAGACACUCCUCUCUGCCUCGUCACUCCCGAUCUCCAACCCCCCGCGUCGCAACCGUCUCCCCACGGCGACGAAGACGACGAGGAAGAAGAAGAUCCGUUCGAGCCGACGGGGUUCAUCACCGCCUUCUCCACCUGGUCCUUAGAGCCCACCCCGAUCUUCGCUCGCUCCUCCCUCUCCUUCUCCGGUCACCUCGCCGAGCUGGAACGAACACUGGAGCUCGCUUCGAGCUCGACGAACUCGUCGACGGUGGUUGUGGUGGAUAACCUUAGGGCUUAUAUGCAGAUCAUAGACGUGGCGUCGAUUCUAGGGUUGGAUUGCGAUAUCUCUGAACAUGCUUUUCAGUUGUUUAGGGAUUGCUGCUCGGCUACUUGCUUGAGGAACAGAAGCGUCGAAGCGUUAGCCACUGCUUGUCUUGUUCAAGCUAUUAGAGAAGCUCAGGAGCCUAGAACUCUUCAGGAGAUCUCAAUUGCAGCCAAUGUACAGCAGAAGGAGAUUGGGAAAUACAUCAAGAUCUUAGGAGAAGCUUUACAGCUGAGUCAACCAAUCAACAGCAACUCUAUAUCGGUUCAUAUGCCGAGGUUCUGCACCCUCCUUCAGCUUAACAAGUCUGCUCAGGAACUGGCGACUCAUAUAGGAGAAGUCGUGAUCAACAAAUGCUUCUGCACCCGUAGAAACCCCAUCAGCAUCUCUGCAGCUGCUAUCUAUCUAGCUUGCCAGCUUGAGGAUAAAAGAAAGACCCAAGCUGAGAUUUGUAAAAUAACUGGACUCACCGAGGUAACCCUGCGCAAAGUCUACAAGGAACUCCUUGAGAAUUGGGACGAUCUUCUCCCUUCUAAUUACACACCAGCCGUCCCGCCGGAGAAAGCAUUCCCCACGACCACUAUCUCCACAACCCGCUCAACAACCCCAAGAGCCGUGGAUCCACCUGAACCGAGUUUCGUGGACAGAGAGAAGCCAUUGGUUAAGCCCGUAGAAAGUUCAGAUCAUCCACACCAGCAACAGCCCAAAGGCAAAGAAGAUAAGCACCCGAAAUUCAGACAGCCUUGGCUGUUUGGAACUGCCAACCCAGGGGAUAUGAUAAGCGAGCCAGCAGCAAAACCCAGUGCUCUGGACUUUGAUAAGCAGCAGCUCGACGAUAAGGACACAUUGCCUAGUUAUCUAAGACAGCAUAGCCAGUUCCCUUCAAAUCCAUCUUCUUCUUCAGGUAUCAGCACUAUCAACUGGACCUUCAGACCUUCUGGUAGCAACAGCGAGUCUUCUCCUAACAUGCCUGUUGUUCAUCCGCCGAAACUGCCUCCAGGUUAUGCUGAGAUUAGAGGUAGUGGAUCUCAAACAGGAAACAAGAAUGCUAAUAUUAAUAGUAAUCCACAUGAAGACUUCUAGAGAAGCUAUUAGAUUAGUCUUCAGUGUGAAGGUGAUCCUCAUAAUGUUUCUCUUCAGUCUUUAGAUUUCAACAUAACUCAAAGGAGCUACUCUUGUCUUCUUGAUUGUGUUUCUAUGGUUUAUGAAUAUAUACAAAUUUAUGGUCUAAUUGGAGUGACAAAUCCAUUAUGUUCUUGUUACGGUUUAUACUCCGCAUCUCAUCAUGUAAGACUCUUUCAGUACGAGUGGACCUUGACUAUCGUGGACUAUGGUUUCUUCUUGA